AUGUCUGCAGCGAAGGAGAUGGUCUCUGCGGAAAAGCUGGACUUCUUCGCAUAUUUCCACGCUUAUUCUCGGUAUAUCAUUCCGAUCGUCUUAGUUGUGUAUGCCCCUGAGGAGAAGGAGCAGGCAAACGAACUCUGCCAGAAACUCAUUGAUGAUGCUGUCCAUCGUGUAUUCACCACACAUCGAACUCACGUUGAAUUUAUGGAUCAAAUCAGAGGUCACUUCUCAUUCAACGGACAUGCCCUUGCCAAGCUGAUUGAUAGCUUCAAGGCCGUGAUGGAUCCUAAUGGGAUUCUGUCACCUGGCAAAUCGGGUAUUGGGGGAACCAAGUAA